AUGUCCCCCGGGGGCAAGUUCGACUUUGACGACGGGGGCUGCUACGUGGGGGGCUGGGAGGCGGGGCGGGCACAUGGCUACGGCGUGUGCACCGGGCCCGGCGCCCAGGGCGAGUACAGCGGCUGCUGGGCGCACGGCUUCGAGUCGCUGGGCGUCUUCACGGGGCCCGGCGGGCACAGCUACCAGGGCCACUGGCAGCAGGGCAAGCGCGAAGGGCUGGGCGUGGAGCGCAAGAGCCGCUGGACCUACCGCGGCGAGUGGCAGGGCGGGCUGAAGGGGCGCAGCGGCGUGUGGGAGAGCGCGUCCGGCCUGCGCUACGCCGGGCUCUGGAAGGACGGCUUCCAGGACGGCUACGGCACCGAGACCUACUCCGACGGAGGCACCUACCAGGGCCAGUGGCAGGCCGGGAAGCGCCACGGCUACGGGGUGCGCCAGAGCGUGCCCUACCACCAGGCGGCGCUACUGCGCUCGCCCCGCCGAACCUCCCUGGACUCCGGCCACAGCGACCCCCCGACGCCUCCCCCGCCCCUGCCCCUGCCCGGCGACGAGGGCGGCAGCCCGGCCUCCGGCUCCCGGGGCGGCUUCGUGCUGGCCGGGCCCGGGGACGCCGACCGCGCGUCCUCCCGCAAGCGCACCCCCGUGGCCGGCGGCUUCUUCCGCCGCUCGCUGCUGCUCGGCGGGCUCCGCGCGGGCGGGCGCCGCGGCUCCCUGGGCAGCAAGCGGGGCUCCCUGCGCAGCGAGGUGAGCAGCGAAGUGGGCAGCACGGGGCCCCCGGGCUCUGAGGCCAGCGGGUCCCUGGCCCCGGCGCCGCCCGCCCUCAUCGAGGGCUCCGCCACCGAGGUGUACGCGGGCGAAUGGCGCGCAGACCGGCGCAGCGGCUACGGCGUGAGCCAGCGAUCCAACGGGCUGCGCUACGAGGGAGAGUGGCUGGGCAACCGGCGGCACGGCUACGGGCGCACCACCCGCCCCGACGGCUCCCGUGAGGAGGGCAAGUACAAGCGCAACCGGCUGGUGCACGGGGGGCGCGUGCGCAGCCUCCUGCCGCUGGCCCUGCGGCGGGGCAAGAUCAAGGAGAAGGUGGACAGGGCCGUCGAGGGCGCCCGUCGAGCAGUGAGUGCUGCCCGCCAGCGCCAGGAGAUUGCCGCUGCCAGGGCAGCAGACGCCCUUCUGAAGGCAGUAGCAGCCAGCAGCGUGGCCGAGAAGGCUGUGGAGGCUGCUCGAAUGGCCAAACUGAUAGCCCAGGACCUGCAGCCCAUGUUAGAGGCCCCAGGCCGCAGACCCAGGCAGGACUCAGAAGGUUCGGACACAGAGCCCCUGGACGAGGACAGCCCUGGAGUGUACGAGAAUGGACUGACCCCCUCCGAGGGCUCCCCUGAACUGCCCAGCAGCCCUGCCUCCUGCCGCCAGCCCUGGCGGCCCCCAGCCUGCCGGAACCCACUGCCUCCUGGAAGGGACCGGGGUCCCUUCUCCAGCCCUAAAACUUGGCCCGAGGAGUGGGGGGGUCAGGGGGGACAGGCAGAGGAACUAGCUGGCUAUGAGGCCGAGGAUGAGGCUGGGAUCCAGGGCCCAGGGCCCAGAGACGGUUCCUCCCUCCGCGGAGGCUGCAGUGACAGUUCCGGAAGUCUUCGCGAGGAGGAGGGGGAAGACGAAGAGCCCUUGCCCCUCCUAAGGACCCUCGGGGCCUCGGAGCCUGAGCCUCUGGCCACGCCAGCCCCGCGGGGCCCCUCCUCCAGGGGUCCUGAAGCUGGAUGCCUGAUGGAAGAGCUUGAGGAGCCAGCUGCCACCGAGAGGCCAGCUCAGCCGGGAGCUGCCAACCCCCUGGUGGUGGGAGCCGUGGCCCUCCUGGACCUCAGCCUGGCGUUCCUGUUCUCCCAGCUCCUCACCUAA